AUGAAGGCGCUAUCCCAAGUCUCAGCUGGAGCUACACAGCUGGUGCCAAGUAUCAAUCAUGCCGACGUAGGCUUGAAACAAGUCUAUGGCCAACUCAUCUUCUCCGGUUAUGACGCAUCUCGGUUCACUGCGAACUCGGUGUCGUUCACCAUGGCUGAUGACGUCACACGCGACCUGGUUGUCUAUCUUCAGUCCAUCAGCUAUAGCGGAUCAAAUUCCGCCACGUUACUGUCCGAGCCAAUUUCGAUCUUCAUUGACUCGACUGAUCCCAGCCUUUGGCUCCCGAAGAGUGUUUGCGAGGCGUUCGAAAAGGCCUUUGGUCUCACACUCGACAGCGAGAGCGAUCUAUAUCUUGUGAAUGACACUCACAACACCGAAUUGCUCAACUCGAAUGCGCAGGUGACAUUUCGGCUGUCCGAUGUGGAUCAAGGUGGAGAUACUGUGACGAUCACUCUUCCAUAUGAUGCUUUUGCCCUGACUGCAAAGGCUCCGUUGGUCGACAAUAGCAGCUACUAUUUCCCGCUGAAACGCGCAGCCAACUCUACCCAGUAUACAUUGGGCCGAGCUUUCUUGCAAGAGGCGUAUCUCUCGGCCGAUUACGAGCGAGGUGUCUUCAAUGUGUCGGCAUGCGCUUGGGAUGAAAAUGCUGAGGAAGACAUCAUCACAAUCACGUCUAAAGAUUCGGACUCCUCCACUUGCUCUGGAAACACAUGCACGUCCAGUGCUAGUAGCUCUAAUAACUCAGAUAACUCUUCACCACUCAGCCGCGGCGCUGUAGCUGGCAUCGCCAUUGCGGCGCUGGUCGGAGUAGCCAUUCUCGCGGCAGUCCUCUUCUUUUUCAUUCGCCGUCAACACCAAAAGACAGCAUACAGAGCGACGUCACCGAGGCCCGGUAUAUCUGAAUACUUCGGUCCGAUACACAAUGACCCUUCUCUCGGCCCAUCACUGCCAUCUGACCCAUCUGCCCCAUCUGCCCAACCAGCAACAUUUUGGUCACCAGACGAGAUAUUCGGUGGUGGAAGUGACAGUAUUAAUGGCGCGAGUAGCAGCAGUGGUGUGAAUCAUGAGCAAAGUGUUGAAGAAAAUCACAUGGAACUAGACGGUACACAAAUUCAGCCAGUCUAUCAUGAGCUGGCCGGCAGUGAAGUUGAGAAAACAAGACCAGGGCUACCGCAGCAAGCGUCGCGUACGACUUAG